GGCGCGCGGGGCAGGCCGGGAACAAAACAAACGCCAGCGCGGAGCGGCGGCGGCGGUGGCGCCGGGAUUGGGAGCUGCCGUCACCUCAACUCAACUCCCCUUUCCCUUCCCCUCACACACGGUGCUCCAACGUUUUGAACGCAGUGAGGAACAAUAAUGGGUCUAAAAACUUUCACACACAACUCUCCAGUCCACAGUCAGGAGCUUCUGGGAAAGUUAAAUAAAUUACGCAACGAAGGGCAUUUCUGCGAUGUGACAAUUCGGGUCCAAGACAAGGUCUUCAGGGCCCACAAAGUGGUCCUUGCUGCUUGCAGUGAAUUCUUCAGGGCAAAACUUGUAAACCAAUCGGAUGCAGAUGAGUGCAUUUUGGAUUUGAAUCAUGUAACUGUCAGUGGAUUUUCUCCAUUGCUGGAGUACGCAUAUACAGCUACACUUGCCAUAAACACAGAGAACAUUAUUGAUGUCUUGGCUGCUGCUAGCUAUAUGCAGAUGUUCCAUGUAGCCAACACCUGUUCAGAGUUCAUGAAAUCAAGUAUCCUGUGGAAUACAAGCAGUAAUCCGCCAGGACCUGUUCCUUCACUUCCUCAAGAGAACAGUAGUGCUUGCAUCGUUCAGUCUCACGAUGACAGUCUGUCUCCAGUAUCUUCAGAAUGCAGUUCUGUUGAGAAAAGUAAGCCCAGGGAAUCUCGCCGAAAACGGAAGAACUUCAUUAUGAUGUCUCCGGAGAGUCCCACUGAAUCUGCUGCGCAGCCCAAUUGUUCUCAAGUUGUGAACCCCUCGGUGGCUUUCUCAGACAAUAGGACCCAGCAAUCUGUGGACUCAUCGCUGUCAUUUCAGUGGACGCACCCUGUGGGUGCUGAGCGUCGGACUCUCAGCGAAAAAGCAAAGUCAACGGAAAGUGUGAGGGUCGUGGAACAGCCCCUAAACACUGAGGUGACGGGGCGGGUGCCCGAGUACACCGCCUGUGAAAGUACAAAAGCAACGUCACCUCCUAUACUAGAAGAUGAUGUGAGGAUCAAAGUUGAAAGGUUGAGUGAUGAUGAAGGCCAUGACCUUGUAUCACAACCUGUCAGUGCAUCACAGAGUUCACUUAGUGACCAUCAAACUGUACCAGGAAGUGAGCAGGCUCAGGAGGAUUUAUUGAUUAGUCCCCAGUCAUCUUCUAUUGGUUCAGUAGAUGAAGGAGUUACAGAAGGGCUACCAACACUUCAAGGCACUUCCAAUGCCAAUAAUCACCCAGAUGAUGAUGAUAGGCUAGAGAGUGGGCAGUAUUCCUACCAGCUCUACAUAAACCCUUCCACAAGUGGCACAGAAAGACCCAGUCCAAAUGGUCCUAAUAAGCCUUUUCAGUGUCCUACAUGUGGUGCUAGGUUCACACGCAUCCAGAACCUCAAACAGCAUAUGCUUAUUCACUCAGGUAUAAAGCCCUUUCAGUGCGACAGAUGUGGGAAAAAGUUCACAAGAGCAUACUCCUUAAAGAUGCAUCGUCUGAAGCAUGAAGGCAAGCGAUGUUUCCGAUGCCAGAUUUGCAGUGCAACAUUUACUUCCUUUGGGGAAUAUAAACACCAUAUGCGAGUUUCAAGACACAUUAUCCGAAAGCCAAGGAUCUACGAGUGCAAAACAUGUGGAGCUAUGUUUACUAAUUCUGGAAACCUAAUUGUGCACCUGAGGAGCCUGAACCAUGAAGCAUCUGAAUUAGCUUCCUAUUUCCAGAGCAGUGACUUCAUAGUGCCAGACUACCUGAAACAGGAGCAAGAAGAAGCCCUCGCUCAUUAUGACAUUGGAGACAGUAGUUUUGAUAACAAUUCAGCAGUGCAAAUGCCUGUCAUCUCACAGGUAUCCUCCACACAGAACUGCGACAGCGCAUUUCCCCUUGGGCACUUGGCCGGACUCAUGAACAAAGAUGAUGAAAUAAUAGAAGAGCAGAAAACAAAUGGUUCCGAUGUAAAUGGAAUCCUUGGGGUAAGGGAAGAUCUGCAUAAGAGGGGUUCUCCAGAGGAAGGACCUCAUAUCCUUUAUAGCUAAAUUAAACCUGGUAGUUAAACUUCUGUUCUUUUGGAGAAAGUGCCUGGACCUGGGUCAAAUGAUUCUUGGAGCUUUUCUUCCAGACUCUGGACAUUUAUUUAAAAUAGGUCAACAUUACUUUAUUUGUUUAUCAAAGGUUUUGGACAAGUCCAUGGGCCUUUAGUAAAUUGCAAGCACAUUAAACCACACAUUUCUUAAUUCACACAGCUGUCAAGGACUUUGCAAGAAGCUGUGGUACAACUUUUGAACAAUAUGUAGAGAACUAUAUCCUCUGACAGUGUUUUACUUUAUACUUUAAAGCUGCCAAUAUUGGAUGCCUUGUCACAUUGGCAUCUGGGAACAUAUUUUAGAAUCAAAGUUUAAAAUGCUGCAUUGAUGGAUAACGAUCUCAUCAUGUCAUGAAAAAUAUCAGAUGUUUAAAUGCUCUCUGACAGAAAUAAUCUUAUGACAGGUGAAUUGAAUAUUCUCUUACAACUAAAUUAUGUUCACAGGGUAGGAAAUUUCAAAAUCUUUGCCAGAUUAUGGGAUUUUGUUUUCAGCAAAAAAGUAACUUUGUACAAUAAAAAUCUUUUUAUCAAUAUGAAUUCAAAGUUGGCAUUGUAAAUAGAAAUACUAGUCUGGAUAUCUUUUCAUGCACCCAAAUUAUGCCAUGUUUCCUUCGAUAAAGUCAGAUGAUCCUUAGUCACCUCGUAACACAUACAAGGGAAAGAAAGAGUUUAAAGAUAUGAGUUAUUUGUAUUUGCCUAGCUUUCUGAAGGCCCUUUUACUCUUGUGUUCCUGUUGGUGUUGUCACUGUUUAUUCCAGUUCAGGAAAGCAGAACUAUAUUCAGCAUAAGACACUAAGACAAUUGAUGUCUUUUGAGUAUAAGACUAAUGUAGAAUAGCUUCUUGGCCAAAUGGACUAGAAAUGAUGCAGUGAACCUUGAGGGGUCAGUCAGAAGUUUGUUUUGGAGCCAUUAAAUAUCUAAUUCUGGGCUGUUGCCACCAAAGUGUGAUCUUCUUGCAUUGACAUGAUUUAAAACUGGAAGUAUCUGGACGUUUUUCCAGUGCAUAUUUUACUAUUAAUCUGAAGUAAAAGUGAAUGCAUAUCUUCUUCAGAUAUGUUUAGCUACUUUUUAGUCUCUUGUAACUUGUGGAUGUACGUUGACAUUGACACCACAGUUGGUGGCACGUUAGUGAAGAGUAUAUUCAGGGAGCUUGUUUGCCUUGGCUGUUGUUCAAUCAGUAGUUUAUUGCAGACUUUUCUAAAACAAGUUUUUUGUGCUAACAGAUAACUCGUUUUAAGCUUAAAUGUUCAGACUUAGAUUUCUACAGCUGUUAAGUUUUUUUAACAAUCUACAAAAUUUGCUGUUUUGUGAAGUGUUCACCUUUUUAAAGGUAUUAAUUAAAAUUGUUGAUCCUUUUGUUAACCUGUGCAUAGGGUCAUGUAAUAUUUUGACAAUCUGAAGGCAUGCUGUGAUUGAUUAAGGCAUGUGUGUUUUAAUUUUUUUUUAUUUUUAGUAACUUCUGUAGUCUUGGUAUUCAGAAUAUUUAGAAAGUAGCAUUCCUGAGGGGAAAAAAAAGCACAGUUAACAUUGAUGGUUUAGGCUUAUUCAAAUAAAUGCAUUUUGUUAUACAUUGUCCUGACCAGCAAUACUGAAAAUACCUGCCUGGGUAGCAGCCAGAAUAACCUGUACUGUAAUAAACUUAAAAGUAUGCUGGAAAUGUAGAUGGAAGAGCCUCUACCCACUUAUUAAUAUUUGGAAUCUGCCUGAGUAUAAGUCUGAUCCAUGCAUUGAAUUCAUUGUUUUAACUCCUGUUGUUAAAAGUGAAUAGUUAAUCCAGUUUUUGUGGAAGACAAUUACUUGGUGGAAGGAUUUUGUAUACACAAAGUAUCAAAUACAUUAAUAUUCUUUAAUUGACUGUUCACCAUCCCCCAAUAUUUUGAUGAUUUCUUCCUUAAGAUAAUAAAAUUGAAGGGCUUUUAUGCAAUUUCAAAUAUACUCAAUGCCUUGAAUUUACUAAGGUCUCAUUGCUAUAUGAAUAAAAUGCUAAUAAGUGAGGGAUGGGUCUGAUGGGAAUAUCCUGAGAUAUGGAAUAGGAGGAGACAUUUCAGCUCAUUGAGUCUGUUGUGUGGAAAUAUGAAACUAAGUAGACCUGCCAGGUACAAGAGAUGGGUCUUGCACAACAGUGGAUUCACACCAUAAUAUCUGGGAAACCAGCACUGUAACAGUACUGUUUAGUGUUAUUUAAAUUUGAAAAUACCAAAUAUUAUUCUCUGUGUAGAGGCUUUUUAGUUUUGACUGCCAGUAUCUUUCUUGCAAGUCUAGCAGAAACUUACUGCAAAUGGACAGCAGGAUACCUUGUCCAUUAUGUUAAUUGGUUAACUUCUGUACACUGCAGAAGCAAUGUAAUUGGUAAACCUUUUCCUAGUUGUGAUAUAGUUUCCUGCAGUAGUUAAAGGAAAACAAAAUUACAUUUACCCUUAAAUAAAUCAAAAAGCACUUCAAGUAGACAUAAAGGAGCCAAUUGCCUAAGUAGGAACAUGGUAGCAACAAUAGAUAGUUGUUAAACUAAGUUGCUAUAUUGUGUUACAUUUAUUAAUAGUUUAUAAUUAUUUUCCAUUAUUAUUAUUAUUAUGUUUUUAUUCCACCAGUGUGGGUGAAUGGUUAAAUCAACUGUAAAUGUUGACCACUAUUCAAAACUCAAAAGUAAAUUGUUGGUACAUUCAGUGAUGCUGCAGUAACUGUCCUGUACGUUUAUGUGGGCAUGGCUGAAGUUAACCAUUAUUAUAUGUGUAUCAGUAGUACUAAAUGCUGACGUGGUUCCUUUGUCCUGUACUCAAAAUGUGCAUCUUUUAAUUGUGUUUAUAUUAUUUUUGCAUUCUUUGAAAGUGCAGCACUUUGACACUCUACAUUUUGGUGAUCUUAAAUUCGUGUUCCCAUCACUGCCGUUACCUAUUUCAAGGACAGUAAAGCUGAGCCUUCAGUGUCCCUGUUGCGGUCACCUGCUUGUAAAUACUGUAUAGUCUGAAUGAUUUGGAAAUAUUGUUAAUCUGUUGAGCAAAAGAUAUUGGAUGGAAUUUUUGAUAGUAUGAUUGCCAGUAAAUUGGAAUUUUUUUUUUGUUUGUAUCCUUGUUUUUCACCAGCAUGGCCCCAUAACAGGAGAAUAUUGUAAAACAUAGCAAAAUGAAAACCACACUGCAAAGCUCUGGCUGUGGUUUAUUUUAUUUAUCCUGUUGUGGAGUUUGUCAGUCUAUCUCCGUGUGGGUGUGUGAGUGUGCGUCUGCUCGUGCGUGAGUGUGUGUGUGUCUGUAUAUAAAUAGGGAAAAGUUCACAUAUUCUAUUUUCAUGCUCAUGAUGGUCACAAGAGGCAAGUAGCAUUGUAUAAAGUUUGAUAAAAAUAAUACUGCAGUUGAUAAUCUGUGUGGAAAUUAUAAAUAAAGCUCUUUACCAUUAUUUACUGCAAACUGUGUUUCUGUAGAAAUUUUUUUUUAACAAAGUGGUGGAUGCAUGGAACAUCCUUCCAGGGGUGGUGGUAGACACAGAUACAUUGGAGGCAUUUAAGAAACUUUUAGAUUGAUCUUAAAGUAGGUUAAACAGGUCAGCACAGCAUUGUGAGCAGAAUACAAUAUAAAUAAAAUAGUGACCAAGGUUGCUAUUUUAAAUUUCUUUGAAU